CAUUUGAUUGCCCAGCUCCGCGUCCACCUUAUCUGGAGGCGGGUUAUCUCCUUCAGUUGCGUUCUCUCUGCCACUGACAUGGUAAACUAUUGGGAACGCGAUUAGUUGGGAUUGUGGCUUGGCAGCGACCGUCUCAGCGGCUCAGUGCCUUAGUUCGGAAAGAAGAGUGGGCGGACCUAGUUUUCCGGAAGUCUGUCGUCGCAUUAGCUGCGACCUUUACUCAGCCGACCUCCCAAAGGCCACAAACGAAACUCAGACUAAGGCCAACAGUGGCUGCAAAAAGUGGCACACUCAUUUCGCGUCGGGUAGCCUAAGAGGCAGCACUGCAACGGAAAUGAUUCUGCCAGCUCUGGCCAUCCUGUGGGUGGCUGGCAUCGUGUGCGGCCAGAACAGCACGGCCCAGAUGGAGAACGAAUUGCUGCACUUCUCCUACAAGCUCGAACAGUACCUGGACACUAGCAGGCAGCCUUGCCAGGACUUUUACGGAUACGUGUGCUCGCGAAGCGCCAACCUCAGCCAGACGGGACGCCAGCGCUUUCAGAGCUUCCUCAAGGGGGCCGAUGACGGCCAACUGAUGGACAUGGAGGUUCAGCUGGUCAACCUCUUCAGGUCCUGCGAGACGGGACGUGGUGCGGAAGCCCUCAAAGGCUCGCAGCUCUACAGGAUGAGCGGAGGAUGGCCCGCUCUGGAGGCGGCAAAGUCCGAAGGAGGUCCGCAGCGCCCCAGCAACCAGACCCUGAGCUGGCUGGGUCUAUUGAGUCUCUUCCACGAGGUAGGAGCACCCUACUUCUUCGAGACGGUGGUCACCAUGCAGUCGAAUAAACGGGUGGUGGUGCUCCAGCCGGAUACGACGCGGCGCAAUACCUUGCGGAAGUUCGAGCAGCGCGUCGGCGAGGUCCUGCAGAGCUUCGGCAUCGAGCAAAGCCGCGCUCACGUAGCCGCCCUGGAGGUACUCAGCCUGGAGCGAGCGCGCCGGGACAUCGUCAAGGUCGACCUCAAAGAGGACGAGGAGCAGUUCAGCUACGGUUCCUUCAAGCAGCUCCGCUAUGGCAAUUUUGUUAACUUUGGAAAUGCCUCCGUGCCCAGACUCGACUGGGACAGCUACUUCCGGAAGCUGCUGGGCGGCAAGACACCAAAGGACACGGACACGAUUGUGGUGAAGCAGGUGCCCCGCCUGAUUAAGUACUUUGUGCUGCUCCAGAACACCAGCAUGCACCGUCUGCUUAACUGGAUAUGGACGGACUAUCUGAUGGACAUCGUGGACACCGACUGCCACCAGCUGGCGGAGACCUAUGCCGGCGACAUUUACGCCCAUGUGGUGCAGCGUGUGACGGCGGACAGGGCGGGGCUCGCCCAGAUGUACGCCACUCUAGGAAAGGCCUACUCGGAGCAGCUGGUGGGAAGCGUGUGGAUCGACGAAAUAUCUCAGGUCAGCUCGAGGCAGUUCCUCGGCCAACUCAUGCACUUGACCCUCAAUGGGGACGAGCGCUUGGACGCCGCCUAUCAUGAUAUACUACUGGGACGACGAAGUUUCUAUCGCAAUCUGGAGAAGCUCCGUCGCUUCCAGCGCCGCCGACCGCCAGUCUCGCAGGCCAACAAGGACCUGCGCGAGUUCGCCCAGGUGUUUGCCACGGUCAACGCCCUGCUGGGCCGCCAGAACCUGAGUUCCCCGCUCAACUACCUCCUGCUCGGAGAGCACUUCUCUUGGAGCCUCCUAGCCGCGGGCAGCAACAGUCGCACCCCUGGCGCCUGGCGGAGCUCCGACUCGGAGCGUCGCUUCAACGCCUUUCGCGAAUGCAUAGCUGGAGCGGCAGCUGGAGGAUCCCCCGCCGACCAGGUUAACCCUAAUGAUUUGCUCCUGGGACUGCUGGCCCAACGCCAAGCCCUGCGCAGCUACCGUCAGUGGCUGGGACAACCCAAUCGGACUACUCUGCAGGAGAGGAUCGACUCAUUACUGGCCGUCGGGCGGCUGAAGAUGUCGCUGCAGAAGCUGUACUUUGUGGGCAGCCUGAUCGUGGACUGCCGGUCCGACCAGGGAGUCCUUCAGCAGGAGCGGAAGCGUCAGCUGACACACGCCAUCUUGCGCAACUCGCGCGAGUUCGGCGAAGCCUUCCAGUGCCGACCUGGCGAUGCCCUCCAUCCGCUGCAGCAGCAGCAGCGCUGCAAUCCCCUCUAGGCCUGGUUAAUUGUCGAGCUUUUCGGAUAACUUCGGUCGGACCUUGACAUUUUUGCGGGGCGGCUGUUGGCUGUGGGGUGUGGGGUGUGGGGUGUGGGAUAUGAGGCGUGUUAAAAAUCGAUAUGCGGGCCCUGCAACCAUGCAAUCACAUGGCCGCCCCAAUCAAUUGAUUUUUCUCGGCCCAGUUGCAGUGGGCCAGGCUAGCAUAUGCUUACGAAUAUAGUGGGUUACGUACGAGAGAGCACAUGAGGCGAAAAAAAAACAGGAAAUAAAUGGAUUUUCUUUCAAAGACUUA